UUAAGUAAUCGUGAUUCUUACGCGCCAUCCUCCUAUCGUGGAAGCUCCUUCACUGGAUACGAUUUAUAUUCUCCCAUCGGAGGCUUUCAAGUUUAUGCCGUGUAGGGAGCGCUGCAUUUCCUGCAUAAUAUAAAACAAGUAUGGCAGAAUUCAUGGAGCUGGAAGGACAGGAUGGGGUUCGGAUGACGUGGAAUGUGGUGCCAGGGACAAAACAAGAGGCUGGUAACUGUGUGGUGCCAGUCUCAGCCAUCUACACCCCAAUCAAGACAUUUCCCAGCAUGCCUGUCCUACCCUAUGCUCCUCUUCGCUGCCGCAAUUGCUCUUCCAUUCUCAACCCCUUCUGUGUCAUGGAUUUUUCCGCCAAGAUUUGGAUCUGCCCUUUCUGCUUCCAGCGCAACCACUUUCCUUCCCACUAUGCCUCUAUCUCUGAAGAAAAUCUCCCUGCUGAACUCUUUCCUCAGUACACCACUAUUGAGUACAAAUCCCCCGGGGAGGCCUACCUUCAUUCUGUCCUCAUGUUCGUGGUUGACAUCUCCAUUAUUGAAGAGGAAAUGACAUUCCUUAAGCCUGCCUUGUCCCGAGCCAUUGGCCUCUUGCCUGACAACUCUCUUGUUGGCUUGAUCACCUUUGGUACGCUUGUCCAUGUCCAUGAGCUUGGCUUUUGUUCCGUUCCUAAAACCUAUGUCUUCAAUGGCUCCAAGGACGUCUCAAGAAACCAGCUUCUUGAGCAAAUGGGCUUUUUCCUUAACAAGCCCGUCACUGGUGUCAUUGCUGGUGCCAGGGACGGGUUUUCUUCGGAUAGCAUUGCACGAUUCCUUCGACCUGCCUCUGAUUGCGAGUUUGCCCUCAAUUCGAUCUUGGAGGAGCUCCAAAAGGAUCCUUGGCCCAUUCUCGCUGGUGAACGGUCAAGAAGGUGCACAGGCACUGCCGUGAGUGUGGCUGCCAGUUUGCUGGGUGCAGGCUUUGCAGGUUCUGGAGCUCGAAUCAUGGCAUUUGUUGGUGGCCCCUCAACUGAAGGCCCUGGUGCUAUUGUCUCAAAGAAUUUAUCUGAACCCAUACGUUCCCACAAGGACCUGGAUAAGGAUUCCGCUCCGCAUUAUCAUAAAGCCAUUAAGUUCUAUGAAGCACUUGCAAAGCAGCUUGUGCACCAAGGACAUGUGCUUGAUCUCUUUGCUUGUUCUGUUGACCAGGUUGGUGUUGCUGAACUUAAAGUUGCUGUUGAGAGAACUGGGGGAUUUGUUCUUCUUGCUGAAAGUUUUGGCCAUUCAGUAUUUAAGGACUCUCUUAGGCGUGUUUUCCAGACAGGGGACAAGGGUCUCAGACUCUCUUCAAAUUGUAUAUUCGAGAUAAACUGUUCAAAGGAUGUUAAAGUUCAGGGUAUUCUUGGGCCCUGUGCAUCUCUUGAAAAGAAAGGUCCUUUGAGCUCUGACAUCAUCAUCGGACAGGGAAACACCAGUGCAUGGAAAAUGUGUGGCCUUGAUCAGGCUACAUCUUUGUGUUUAAUGUUUGAAAUUGUUAAGAAGGACAUCCCUGAUACUGUUGUUCAGUCCUCAAGCAAUCAAUUUUAUUUCCAAUUUCUAUCAUAUUACCAGCAUAGCACUGGCGAAAUGAGACUUCGUGUUUCAACUCUUUCAAGAAGAUGGGUUGCUGGACCUGGAAGCAUAGAGGAUUUGAUCGCUGGAUUUGACCAAGAUGCAGCUGCUGCUGUAAUGGCACGCCUAGUGUCUUUCAAAAUGGAAACUGAGGCUGAGUUCGACCCUAUAAGAUGGUUGGAUAAAGCGUUGAUUCAUAUAUGUUCUCGGUUUGGGGAUUACCAAAAGGAUGCCCCAUCUUCUUUCAGCCUGUCCCCAAGGUUUUCAUUAUUUCCUCAGUUUGUGUUUCAUUUGCGGAGAUCACAAUUUGUCCAGGUCUUCAAUAACAGCCCUGAUGAGACAGCAUACUUUAGAAUGAUCCUGAACAGGGAAAAUGUUACCAAUUCAGUUGUGAUGAUUCAACCUUCAUUGAUUUCUUACUCAUUUCAGUCUGAUCCAGAACCAGCACUGCUUGAUGUGAGUGCCGUUGCAGCCGACAGGAUCCUGCUUUUGGACUCUUAUUUCACCGUUGUUAUUUUUCAUGGCUCAACUAUUGCUCAGUGGCGAAAAGCUGGAUAUCACAGUCAACCUGAGCAUAAGACUUUUGCCGAGUUGCUCCAAGCUCCUUGUGAUGACGCAGAUGCAAUAGUCAAGGAAAGGUUUCCAGUUCCUAGACUAGUUGUUUGUGAUCAGUAUGGCUCACAGGCCCGCUUUCUUCUUGCGAAGUUGAAUCCUUCGGCGACAUAUAACUCAGAUGGUCCUUGCCCGGGUGGAGACAUAAUCUUUACAGACGAUGUAAGCCUUGAGAUUUUCUUGGAUCAUCUCCAGAGAUUAGCAGUUCAAUAAAAUGUGAUAGCAGAGCUAUAGGCAAUUUUGUAAUAUCUAUCAUUUAAUUUUUGUACAGUAAUUCCAACGAUUUGUGUUUUUUAUU